AUGAAAUACUCUAUCAUCGCCCUCUCGGCCUUGUUCGCCGCCGGCCAGGCUACGCUCGAAUUUACCAACUCGGAAUUCAAUGUCAAGCCUGGCAGGGAUUUCCCCCUCACGUGCAACAAUGGGGGCUGCGCCAGUCGCUGCACCAUCACCCUCAUGCGCGGCCCCAAUAGGAAUGAUAUGAAGCCGGUCAAGGUUGUCGGCGAAGGCGUCGGCAUGGAAUUUACCAUCACGCCCAGUGCGGACUGGCCCGCUGGGCCACUGGCAUUCAAGAUCACCAACACCGUGGGAGAGGAAAACUGGAGCUUGGCGUUCCCUUUCGAAGGCACCGGUGCUGUCGACUCUGGCGCCACAGACGUCGCUUCCAGCUCUCCUGCCGUCUCGACCGCUAUCUACGCCUCGGCUCUGAGCAGCGGUAUGGCGUCCUCGGCCGCCGCCGAGGUCACGGCGUCUGUCAGCUCUAUCCCUAUUGCCGUCGCCACGCCUGGCCAGAGCUCCCUGAUAAACUCGUCUUCGUCUACGACGUCGAUGAGCGCUCCUCCGCGCAACCUGAACGCCACUAGCGGCUCCAACUCCGCGGGUUCGUCUUCAUCUAGCGUCCCCACGUCAGGUGUUGAUCGUGUCUCGGCCUCACUGGCGCUCGUUGCUGGUAUUGCCGCUGUUAUGGCCUACUUCAACUAG